GAGGAAACAGGAGGUGGUCAGGGAAGGGGAGCUGGGUAAGGGGAAGGAGGACGAAUGUUUCUGUCCUUUGUGGGAUCCUAGACAAGCCUCAGUUUUAUCCUCUGUAUAAUGGGGAUGGUCAUAAUACCCAGCAGAGAGCAGAAUUUAGGGUGAGUCAUUCAUUGGGUUAUUAAGUGUGCAUGGUUCUUAUCUAAGGCAAAACGCCUUUGAGAGACAGAGGGAGAGGGAGUCUGGAUGCCCCAGGGGGAACUGGGGUGCCGCAGUGUACACUGUAGAGAUUUCAUUGCUUGGUUCCCCAGAGGGCUUUUCUGUCUCUACAUUCCAUGGGGACAAUGUGGAAGGCUUUGGUCUGUAUUCUGGGGCAGUGAAGGGGGAGUUCUAUCCAGCCUCAAUUCACCCACGUGGUGGGGAGGUGAGGUCAGAAUGGGAUCGGGAAGGGGGUCAUCCAGGCCAGGCCUCGUGUGUGAAUGUGGGGCGGAGGUCUGCUGCAGGGGAGAGCCCAGCUAGGGUAUGACUGGGCUGGAAUAUGUGUUGGUGGUGGUGGGGAGCUGCAGAGUGUGGGGAAACAGCCAUCAGGUGGGGGCUGCCAAGGGCAGUGAUUUGCCCAUGUCUGGUAUGGGAGGUAGUGAUGUAAAUUUGUCUUUGGUGAGCGCAGCGUGGAGAGUUUUCAGCUCCAGCCCCGGGGUAAGAGCUGUGAAAUCUGUGAGCUAUCCGGGGAGAGCCAUUUGGAAGGUGGAGCCAGGGGUGGUGAUGUAACACUGGAGGGGAAAGGGGUCAUCCUAGUGAAUGAUGAGAGGGAGAGAACUGGGGGCUGAAACACUCAGUUUAAGUGUGCCGGCGCCGUGAUGUCAUGAGGCCCGAGAACUGGGUCAGGUGUGUGGGCCAGGAUGGGGCCUGGGGGGCAGCCGCACAGUGCUCGCAGGGAUGGGGUGGUGACGUCAUGGGUUGGUGAGGGCGGGGCCUCGAAGGCACCGCUGGGAUGCGUGAGGUCAGGAAGGAGGCAGAGGCUGAGAAGAGGAGCUAGCUGGGAGAGGCUCAGGACUGGAAUGAAAUCAGCCACCAGGAUGAACCACUGGUCAUUCCGAAGCAAGGAUGGAGGAUGCAGCAACCUUGACCAUGGACCAGCCGGCCGGCCUGCAGGUGGACUACGUCUUCCGGGGUGUGGAGCAUGCCGUGCGGGUGAUGGUUUCUGGGCAGGUGCUGGAGCUGGAGGUGGAGGACCGGAUGACGGCUGACCAGUGGCGGGGCGAGUUCGAUGCUGGCUUCAUUGAAGAUUUGACUCACAAGACAGGGAACUUCAAACAAUUCAACAUCUUCUGUCAUAUGCUGGAGUCAGCCCUCACUCAGAGUAGUGAGUCAGUCACCCUGGACCUGCUGACCUACACAGACCUGGAGUCCCUGCGGAACCGCAAGAUGGGGGGCCGCCCAGGCUCCUUGGCCCCCAGAUCGGCCCAGCUCAACUCCAAGCGCUACCUGAUCCUCAUCUACUCUGUGGAGUUUGACAGGAUUCACUACCCGCUGCCCCUCCCGUACCAGGGCAAGCCAGACCCCGUGGUUCUGCAGGGCAUCAUCCGGUCACUGAAGGAGGAACUGGGCCGCCUGCAAGGGCUGGACGGCCAGAACACUCGGGACACCCGGGAGAGUGAGAUCUGGCGCCUGCGGGAGCAGGUGUCGCGCCUGGCGUCCGAGAAGCGGGAGCUGGAGGUGCAGCUGGGCCGAUCGCGCGAGGAGGCGCUGGCCGGGCGCGCGGCGCGCCAGGAGGCCGAGGCCCUGCGCGGGCUGGUGCGCGGGUUGGAGCUGGAGCUGCGGCAGGAGCGCGGGCUCGGGCACAGGGUGGCCGGCCGUCGCGGCCAGGAUUGUCGCCGUCUGGCCAAGGAGCUCGAGGAGGCGAAGGCAUCGGAGCGGAGCCUGCGCGCCCGGCUGAAGACGCUGACCAGCGAGCUGGCAUUGUACAAGAGCGGGAGGCGGACUCCGCCGGUGCAGCCGUCCCCGGCGCGGGAGGACCGGGCCUCAUCGUCCCGGGAGCGCUCCACGUCGCGGGGCCGCGGCGCCGCGCGCUCCUCAUCCCGGGAGAGCGGCCGCGGAAGCCGGGGUCGGGGCCGCCCUGCGCGCCCCUCACCCUCGCCCACAGGUGGUCGCGCGCUCCGCUUCGACCCCACGGCCUUUGUGAAAGCCAAGGAAAGGAAGCAGAGCGAGAUCAAGAUGAAGUCAGUGCCCCUUCCUCCCUCACCUGCCCCUGUCCCUGGCCCUUGCCCGCUCCCGGGCGCUCAUCUCUCCACGCCACCAUCAGUCCCCAUCUCCUUCCACCUGCUCGCUUCUCGCCGGAUACCCCGCCUGCUUUGCCUGCUCCGCCUGCUGUGCCUUCCGUCCGUCCCACCUCCUCGUCUGUGUUUCUGCAUGCUUUCCGCGCCUAGGCUUGUCACCUUGGGCGGUCGCCGGCGUGGCUGUGACCUUUUGGGGCGCAGCGACACCCUUGCCCGCAGGAGUUGGGCGUACAGGCCAGUGUCUCCUUUCUUUUUUCCCAGGCAGCAGCAGCGGAACCGAUUAGGCAGUGGGGGAAGCGGGGACGGUCCGUCCGUCUCCUGGUCUCGCCAGACACGGGCCCCUGCUGUCGUGACUGGCCGAGGGGACGCCCCUAACCGCUCCCGAAACCGCAGCUCCUCAGUGGAUAGUUUCCGCAGCCGCUGCUCGUCUGCCAGCUCCUGCAGCGAUUUGGAGGAUUUCUCUGAGUCGCUCUCCAGAGGGGGUCACCGCCGCCGUGGGAAGCCUCCCGGCCCAACGCCCUGGAGUGGGUCCAAUACGAAGUCCACCCCCGUGCAACGCAGCCACCAUCAGAAAUCUCUGGCCAACUCUGGGGGCUGGGUCCCCAUCAAAGAGUACAGCUCGGACCACCAGGCGGCUGACAUGGCCGAAAUAGACGCACGCCUGAAGGCCUUGCAGGAGUACAUGAACCGACUGGAUAUGCGGUCAUGAUGUGGAGAAGGGGUACUGCCCCUCCAUUCCCCACCCACUUGCUGGGUAUGGCGUGGGGGGUGGGGCCAGGGUAGCCUCCAGCCCUGCCCAGGCCCUGCCCUGGCCCCACCCCGGCCCCGCCCCUCCUGCUGUCUCUGUGGUCUCAGGUGUGUGAGGCUCUGACCCUGCCCUCUCCCCAGGCAGUGCAUGCUGGGAAAGAGGAUGUGUGCAUUUUGUAAAUAAACAUUUUUGCCCUGGGG